CUGUUCAUCUUUCUUUCCUCUUUUGCUUUUUCUCCUGUUUACUUACUAGCAGCAGUCUACUAAUACUAUUAUCAUUUAGCUUCCUAAUCUCAACACUGAAGAGUUGAUUAGGAUUAGGAUUAGAUUAGAUUGAUAAGAGAUGUUAUUGAGUUCUUCUUCUCAAUCAGUUAGAUCUUCUAAUUCGAAUUUAACAUUGAAUUCGAUCGAAACCAUUCAAAGUAGUCAUUCAUCUCAUUCAUCUCAUUCAUUCUCUAUCAUCAUCUUAGGUGGUUCUUAUGCUGGUUUACAUGCAUUAGAAUACUUUAUCAAUCAACUACUUCAUCAUCCAACUUAUCAUUCUUUAUCAUCAACUUCAAUCUUUAAUAUUCUUUUGAUCGAACGUAAUUCACAUUUUAACCAUAUCUAUUCGUUUCCUCGUCAUGGUGUACUUCAAGGUCAUAGUCAAAAAGCUUUCAUACCUUAUCAUACUUAUAUAAAUUAUUUAUUAUCUAAAUCAUCCGCUUCAAUUAAUCAUCAUCAUCAAUUUCAAAUCAUUCAAGCUGAAGUCAUUCAAAUUAAAUCUAAUCAUAUCAUCUUAAAUCAAUCGGUUCACUUAAACAACACUUCUCAUCCAACCCAUCAAAUUCAUUGGGAUUAUUUAAUCUAUGCACUUGGAUCACAUCUUCCACCUCCACUUAAAUUACCAACUCAUUCAGAUCGAUCUAAAUCAAAUGGAAUCGAUUUCUUAAACUUUCAACAAACUCAAAUUUCUAAAUCAAAUCGAAUCAUCAUCGUAGGUGGUGGUCCCUUAGGAAUCCAAUAUGCAACAGAUAUCUCUCAUCAUUAUCAACAAAAAGGUCAACCUAAAACGAUCACCUUGAUUCAUUCGAGGGCCACUUUCUUGCCCAAGUUCAAACCUCAAAUCGAUACCAGAAUCAAAUCUGUCUUGAAAGAGUUUGGGAUCCAAACCGUUUUAGGUGAACGAGUGAAUUUGAUUAAAUUGAAUCAAGAUUUAGUUUCACAAGCAGAAGGAAAAAUAGACGUGAUCAGGGUGGAAUCGAUACGUGAUUCGGAUCUGUAUUGGGAAGCUGAUUUAGUAUUAUUAUGUACAGGACAAACUCCUAAUACGUCAUUAAUGGCAGAGUUUUGUCCAUUAUCAGUUCCAGGAGGUCGAGGUUCGAAUCAAUACAUCACCACGAAUCGGUUCUUACAACUCUCACCUUCUUCAUUUGGUCCAUCACCUGUUCAGAUGGAAUUUGGUCAACCGAUCAGUUGUGAUUGUGCUCAAUCAAACGAAGAAAGAAAAAGUUUGGAUGAUCAAGUUGUUUGGAAAAAGGUCUUUGCUAUUGGGGAUUGUAUUGAGGGAUUUGGAGCUCUUAAGGCUGGUCAUACUGGUUGGAAUCAGGCUGAGGUGGCUGUGAGGAAUGUGUUGGGCUUGGUUGAUGGGCUCGUGAAUGGGUAUCAGAAGGAUUUGGAGGAGUAUGUAAUUAGUCCUCCUAUGAUUAGAUUAACUCUUGGUUUAGAUCGAGUCAUUUGUCAAUUACCAUCGGUUUCGAAUCCCAAAGAAAUUGAAGUGACUGAAAAAGUUUAUUCUGAAGAAGAAUCUGAGAUCAUGUGGAAGGUGAUGUGGAAAAAGAUGGGAUUUCAAGAAGAUGAAUUGAAAGAUGGUUGGGAUUGAUACUCAAACUCGACGGCAGAAGAAGAAGAAAAAAACUCUUUGAUUUAUUGCUGGCAUUUCUUUUUCUUUUGUGAAAAAAUCAAUUUAAUUUAAUUUCUCUCGUUCCUUUUUUACAUAAUUCUUGGUUUACUUUUGGUUUACUUUUGUUUGUUUGGCAUUCGUUCAAUGUUUAUAUAUUUUCGUCUCUUUAAUAUCUUAGAAUUUGUUUUUUUAUUUAUUUUGUUCGUUUGUGAUUUCUUUUUAUGUUUCUUUGUAAUUUCGCAUCUUAUCUUUUUUUUUAAAAAAGUAGUAUUUAUCUUAGUAACUAAUUAUGGUUUUUUAUAUAAUUGUGUUUUGAUUAGAAUAGAAUUGAUUAAUGUUGAACUGUGUGUUACUAAUUUGACAAAGUGAAUUAAGAUCCUA